AUGUUCUUGUUCCAACUGUCGACAUAUGAUUGGCUACCUGGGUUACGCGUGCCACGUGUCAGAAAUCAUCCACAUGCUGUUCUUCAUCAUCUAAAUCAUGUACCACAUUGGGAAGAGAGAACGGUAGAUUCAGUGUUGGCUGAAAAUAUCGGCGAGGGAACAAAAGAUAAUCCAUUUGUCAUCUAUCGUGAUACUCAUUCAAUGGGCACCGAUUCACAUCAACGUUUACGUUUUGUCUGUGUAUCUGAUACUCACAAUCAAAUUGACAAAUUGAUAAUUCCACAUGGUGAUGUAUUUGUUCAUUGUGGCGAUGCCGUCAACUAUAUGACAUGCACUCGUGAUUUAAUCAAUUUCAAUAAAUUUGUUGGCACCCUUCCACAUACUCACAAAUUAUUCAUCAGUGGUAACCAUUGUGUAUCUCUCAAUCCUAAACGACCAGAUCUUACGCAAAAAAUACUUAGUAAUAUGACUUAUAUUCAAGAUCAAGUCAUCGACAUUGAAGGCGUACGGUUUUACGGUAGUUCAUGGCAUCCAAAACGCGGCAUUUUAUAUAGAUCUAACGCGUUCGGCUAUCAUCACAAAAAGAUCCGAGCGGAUAAAUGGACGCAGAUUCCAGAAAAUAUCGACAUAUUACUCACACACAGUCCACCGUACAGUAUUCGAGACUACAAUCCGUUGAAUGCAAAACAUAUGGGUUGUCCAGGUUUACUAGAUGAAAUUGUCACACGAGUCAAACCUCGCAUUCAUCUCUUUGGUCACAUACAUGACGAUCAUGGUGCAAGUCUGUACAUAAGUGGAGACAAUCAAGCGUUAGCAGAAGACAACUCCAUAUCCUCAUCUCACGAUAUUCUCUUUGUGAAUUUAGCUAUUGAUCAUGGACAACGACUCGGUAAACCAGUUGUGAUCGAUUAUUUCUAUUGA